CUCGGGGCUCUUCAUUCCACCUUGCUUGCUUUAUUCACCUCUGUGAAAAGGUGUGUGUUGCAGCUUACCUCCAUCCUUGCAAGAUGUCUUGCUACGACCUGUGUUCCACCUCUGCCUGCGGCAUCAACCGCCCCCAGCCCCUUGCUGACAGCUGCAACGAGCCGUGCGUCCGUCAGUGCCCUGACUCCACGACUGUGAUCCAGCCACCCCCGGUUGUCAUCACGUUCCCUGGCCCCAUCCUCAGCUCCUUCCCACAGGAUUCGGCUGUGGGAUCCUCUGGAGCACCCGUCCUUGGGGGCUACGGAGGCUACGGCUCCCUGGGCUAUGGGGGCCUGUAUGGCUACGGGGGCUAUGGCUCCCAGGGCUAUGGGGGUCUGUAUGGCUAUGGGGGCUAUGGCUCCCUGGGCCAUAGGGGUCUGUAUGGUUAUGGAGGCUACGGCUCCCUAGGCUUUGGAGGCCUGUAUGGCUAUGGAGGCUCUCUUGGUUAUGGGGGUCUGUAUGGCUAUGGUAGACCCUAUGGUUCUGGCUAUUGCAACCCUUACUCCUCCUGGUCCAACAGGUACAGCCGUGGCAGCUGCAGGCCCUGCUAAACACAACAGGAAAAUCCACUGAAUAAAGUACAAGUAAAAAACAAAAUGCAGAUUCACCAGUGAGCAGAUGAGUGACAGCUUUGUUAAAGCACUCACAAACCCUGUUCAGUGCAGUGCUUUCUGCAUUCUCUGUACCUCUCCUUUUUUCCCCUUGAUUUUUUUCCUGGUAUCUUCAUGGGUUCAAUUCCUUACUAUCUUCUACUUUAUCAUACUUGUGACUGAAUGCAGUGAGACUUUUAACAGCAUCUUUCAAAAUGUGUUUGUCUCUGACAUCUUGG